CCUCUCUCUGCUCAGAGUGAGCCAUGCUCCUCUGGUUUAUUUUGAGGUGCUCUUAUCACAGCUGUUGUAUCUGUGGUGGCAGCCUGUCCAAGCCCCUCGACACUCUUCCUUUUCCCUCUCUGGCCCUUGCUCCUGGUCCGGCUCAGAAUAAUGGAAGCUUGUCAGCAAAGCACCCCUGCACCCAUGGGUCCUGAGGCGUCGCCAGCCGAGGGUCGCCACAUUGACCUGACAGAAGACCUGGGCCAGCAGCUGGAGGACAUCAUUAGCACCUACCAGGAUGCUGAGAUUCCCGCUGAGCCAGAGGACGCAGAGGAGGUCACAGCCGUCAAAGAGGCAGACACCCGCAAGGACCAGAAACUGGAGAAGAAGAUGCUCAAAAAUCUGGGGAAGGAAGCCAUGCUGCUGAUGCAAAGUUUGAACAAACUCAACACUCCUGAACAGAAACUGGAAGCCAUCAUUAAGAAGCACGCUGAGCUGUUGGAGGAGCAUCGGAGUGAUCAGAAGCAGCUGAAAGUCCUGCAGAAGAAGUUGCUCCAGGUCAUGAAGGAGAAGGAUCAGCUGCAGAGCGAGCACAGCCGGGCCGUGCUAGCUCGCAGUAAACUUGAGGGGCUCUGCCGAGAACUACAGAGGCACAACAAGACCUUAAAGGAAGAGACCCUGCAGAGGUGCAGAGAGGAUGACCUGAAGAGGAAGGAGAUCACCACCCACUUCCAGGGGACGCUGAGUGAGAUUCAGGCCCAAAUCGAGGAGCACAGCACCAGAAACACUAAGCUGUGCCAGGAGAACAGCGCUCUGGCAGAGAAACUGAAGGGGCUCAUUUCACAAUACGACCAGCGAGAGGCGAACCUGGAGAAGGUCUUCCAGCACAGAGACCUGAAAGAAAAGCUGCUGGAAACCAAACUCACCCAGGCAAACAUGAUGCUGAAAGAGGCCGAGGAGAGGCACAAGCUGGAGAAGGAGCUUAUGCUAAAACAGACUUUGGAGUAUAAAUCUCAAAUGAAGUCCCUAAAAGAGCAAGAAGGCGACAUGAGGGCCCAGCUUGAUAUGUACUCCAAGAAGUUUGACGAGAUCCAGGGCACGGUAUCAAAGAGUAACAGUGUCUACAGCGGCUUCAAACAGGAUAUGGACAAAAUGGCCAAGAAAAUGAAAAAGCUGGAGAAGGAGUGUCAGUCUUGGAAGACUCGAUUUGAUGGCUGCAACAAGAGUCUUAUUGACAUGGUGGCAGAUAAAGCAAUCAAGGAAAAGGAGUUUGAGCUCCUCGCUGUCAAGAAUCAGAAGCUUGAGAAUCUGUGUAGAGCUUUGCAAGAAGAAAGGAAGAAUCUCCAUGGGAAAGUGCAGGGGGCUGAAAGUCAACCAGAAAGCAACACAACUGAACCAACAGAGAAAGAAGUUCCUGAGGUGCUGGAGACCCCUAAAACCCCAGAAAACCCAAAAGACCGACAAGAUGACAAGCCUAUUCAGAAAGCUGAAAUCCCUGCCACUGUCCCUGCUCCUGUCCCUGCCACCUCCACUGGGAAACAAACAAUUGACACUCCCCUCACCAAGGAACUGGCUAAACUAAAAUCUGAACAGGCCCUUCUGAAGGAGCUCGCCAGUUCUUUCACCAUCUCUCACAUGGCACCAACAGAAACAGUCGACAGUCGAUCACAGGGACUCUCUGAGGCUGCCCAGGAGAAAGAGGAGCACCACACAGAGGAGAGCAAUGGCGAACACCUCCAGAUGGUCGAGGAAGACAAAUUCCAAGUACAAAGAGAUCUGGAAAUGGAGUCUGUUGAUUAAUGCUGUGACCACUGUGAAAAAGAAAUAUCGUUCAUGUGAGAUUCUUAGCAAUAAAAAGAAAAAUGCUG